GCUGCGCAGAGCCCGGCUCCGGCGCAGAGGGCGGCAGGCCGGAGUCCGCAGCGCCAUGCCCGGCCCGGGGGUGCCGGCGGACGCGGAGGAGACUUACGACUUCCUCUUCAAGCUGGUGCUGAUCGGCGACGCCAGCGUGGGCAAGACAUGCCUGGUGCAGCGCUUCAAGACCGGGGCCUUCGCCGAGCGCCAGGGCAGCACCAUCGGCGUGGACUUCACCAUGAAGAGCCUCGACAUCCAGGGCAAGCGCGUCAAGUUGCAGAUCUGGGACACAGCAGGCCAGGAGAGAUUCCGAACAAUCACCCAGAGCUACUACCGGAGCGCCAACGGAGCAAUCCUGGCCUAUGACAUCAGCAAGAAGGGCUCUUUCCAGUCCAUUCCUCGCUGGAUCAAGGAUGUGAGGAAAUACGCUGGCUCCAACAUUGUACAGUUGCUCAUUGGAAACAAGUCUGACCUAAGUGACCUUCGAGAGGUUCAGCUGGAGGAAGCCCAGAGUCUGGCUGAACACUAUGAUAUCAUCUGUGCCAUAGAGACCUCUGCGAAAGACUCCAGAAAUGUGGAGGAGGCUUUUCUGAAGAUGGCCACAGAGCUCAUGAUGAGGCAUGGAGGCCCAAUGUUCAGUGAGAAAAACACAGACAGCAUCAAGCUUGAUAGUAAAGAUGUGGUAGAGGGCUGGGGGUGUGGCUGCUGAUAUGAACUAGCUAAUAUUCCUAACUUAACUGGAAUUUAGAUGGUGCUUCAACCUAAUGCUGAGUAGCCCAGUAGCUGUAUUCUCCUGUGAAAGCAGCAUUUUUGUAGAAGUUAGACACCAGUGCAAUGAGGAUUAUGUCUCUGAUUUUUAAAAAGCGACUUGAUUAAGGUUUAGCUCUAAAAGUCAACCUUGACAUUCACUUUUUCUUUGUUUCCAUCAUUUUCUUUGCUGUAACCUUCACGGUGAGUUGUGAAUCUGAGGCAAGCAGCUUCGAAUUGAUUGUUGGGGGCUUGGGGGCUGAUAGCAGCUGAACAGGAACUUGCCACACAACUGCAGUCCUAUGCCCUUUGGUAUAUGAUACCUGGCAAAGAUGGUCACUAUUUAUAUUUUAGGUUAUUCAGCCUUGAUAGUGUCUCUUUAUUCUUAACAUUCCACCUGUGACCGGAGUCAGAUUCUAGCAGGGAUGGAGAGAGUCUAUGGCAAAAGUAUCAAAAUGUUUGAUUAUUUUAAAUGUGGGACCAAGCAGCAUUCCUCUGACUUAGGCACUGGACUGCAGUGGAAGCUGUCUCCUUGCAAGUGAAAUGUGGCAUGCAGAUUGCUAGCUAACGCUGGUAAAAGCCAAAGAGACAGCCCUUCUCUCAGAUACUUUUUAAUACUACCUUUCUUACAAAUAGUGAAAUCAGCCUGAGCAAUACUGGAUGCCUGAUUGCGUAACAGUAUGGGGCAGAUAUUUAAUUCCUUUAAAUUCAACCUUGAAGGAAGAGGGGUUUGAUUUAUUUCAUUCCUUUUUUUGCACAGCAAAUAGCUCCUCUUCCAAGUCGGUGUCAUUGAGUUUUUACCUUCAGCUUUAUUCAUUUCAUUCCAUAAACUCAGUGUCAGCACCACUGGAAAUAAUACGAACUGGAAAAACCUUGAACAGACUUUGCUAGCCAUGAGCUCUUUUGAUGUGCUUAACUGUCACAUGCAAAGUAUCUCUGGUCAUGCAUGUUUAGCAAUAGUUGUGUUGUGAGGGGGUUUACUGCACAAAUGCCAGAACUAGAACUUUCUCCCAUUCCUUAACUACAGUCUGGGCAUUUUAUGGGAAAUGGUAUUUCAGCGUAGCUGAGAACUGCGUGAAACUUGGCUCAUGACUGUAGGAGAAUACAGAGCCUUUUCUUGACAAGCACAUGUUCUCAUGUACUCAUCUGGAUCCCUCUUCCACAAUCACAAUUUGCCAAUUGCUUUUCAUUUCUUGCAGCAAGAAAAAUCUUUUUUAACUAUUACUCAGAAGUCUGCAAUAGGAACUAGAUUUGAUUUAAUAAUCCUGUUAAAUAGAAGUGACCUGAAGAUGUAGCUGUCGGUUUAAAGCUUGUAUGUGCAGUUAGAAAGUACUGAUGCCGGCAGCUCACUCUGGAUAUACCCUUUCAAGCACUUUACAAGCUUGGAUUUACAAAGGGAAUGAAAGCAGGAUUUUUUUAAGUUUUUAGUUUUAAACCAAGAUUUGCAGAAGUAACAAGUGAUUUUUGCAACUCCAAAUACUUUUGAGGGGUCUGAUUUUUAGAAAUGCUGAGCAUCCACUCUUUAGAAUUUGGGCAGCUAUACAACUGAAGCACCCAAAAUCACUAGUUAGAAAUCUUGACCCCAAAGCAUAGUGUGGGUUGUUAUUAUUAUUUGAAGUAAACUAAUUUAUAGCCAUUCUAUACAAAGCAUGAAAGUCAGGAAGAGCAGAAAUGUUUUAAAUGCAUCAAAAAUACAUCAGAAAUAUUCUUGUGCACCAUACUAAACUGUUCUGUGUACUUUGUCUUGAUUUUUAACUAUGAAGUAGAUAACUAAAAAGAUUUCUGAAUGCUUUGUAGGCUUUGCUUGUGAUUGAAGAAGAUAGUUUUCACUUCAAGUUUUAUAAUUGUAAGAGUAAAGAGGCCUUAAAAUUUUCAGCUAGUUUAGUUUUUACAUUUCUAAUGUUUUAUAUGGAAAUGCAGGGUGAGGUACAAGUAGGGAUUUUUUUUUUACAUAGGACAGUUUUCCAGGAUAGCCCCUGGACUCCUACUUCCAAAGAGAAGAGAUACAGAGUGCCCCACAGUAGCUAAACACUGGAGAUGAAGUUUUCCAGAACUCCAGGUGACUAACUUAUCUCUUGCUACACAGCAAACCAAAUACCCAACUUCCAAGACAUCUUAAAAGUCUGCAAUCUUAGAAAAAGGAAGGUAAUCCAAUUUAAAACUAAAACUAAACUAAAAUUUAGUCCCAAAAUCCUUAAGCGAACCCCUCUCCAUCCCCUUCCUUCCCUGCCCAUUUAGCUACCGCAGCAAAAGUAGCAUUUCAGAUGAUCUCCUGUUUGUUGUUUAGUUUUUGUAACAUGGGUAUUGUUAUUUCCUCCUUUAUAAAUGUAAGUUUAUAAUACAAAAAAGGACAAACCCUUAAGUUGCAGAUUAUUAGCAGGUAUAACCAUUGUUUGUCACCUUCUCCUUUAGUUUGCAGCUAUGGGGCCACUCUGGCAAAUUUCUGUGCUCAUACAUGAUCUUGUGUCAGUCAGGAGUUGCAUCAUGGGCAGGAUUAGUGCCAAAGUCCUUAUUUCAAACCCUGCUGGUAAGAACUCCUGUCUGUGUUUAAGAACAGCAGUGCUGAAAAUUCUUAAAUCACACCUGAGAGCUUAGAUCGUGAUGCAUCCCAGACUGGAUCAAGAGCUUUAAAAGACUGGAUUGCACUGCCAUUGCAGUCAGUGAAAGUUUGGCCCUGUAUUGUCAGUGGAGGCAGAAUUGAACCUGAGAUGUGCCAGAAGACUAAAAAGCAUGGCACGCUCUCAGAUAUUCACCAGUGGUCAGUAAGCAAGCAGAAAUAAAUCUAGCACUUUAAUUUUCAAGUCCUUGCCUUUGUUCAUCUGAUAUUUCAGCACCAUCACUGAAGUUUGAGAACCUGCCUAAAGAAGUUAGCCUGCUUCAGUUAGAAAGUAUAAAAUGCAGUGCAGUUUGGGUUUGUUUGCUGUGCCUUCAGAGGAAGGAUACAGUUUAGCUUCUUUCAUUUUGCUGUAACAUGCCAUAGCUACAGUUCAGUCAGCUCUGCCUUCUGACUUAAAAACACCUGACAACCAUUAUACAUGUUUGCAUGGCCUACCUACUUGAAUAAGGGAACAAACAGAAGACUUGAUUUAUCCAAGUCAGGUUGACUGUUAUCAAUGGCAUAACACUCAGAUUCACAAUAGACAGUUUCAUUUACUCUGGGGGGCAGAGGGAGCACACCAUUCAAAUUCAUUGGCCUGGUAAUAGCAUAGUCCUCACUAGGUUCAUGGUUCCUUGAAGAGAAGUUUAGUUAAAACUAUGAAAACCUAAAUUGUAUCUUAAAAAAGAAUUUCUGUUAAAGACGGUUUAUGGUGUAACUAACCUUGGGUGCAUAAAUCAUAUCCACAUCUAUGCAACGUAAGCAUUAGGAGCACAGUCCUGCUCAACUUUCUUGGGCUAAUCCUUCUGAAACCAAAAGGAGAUUGGAAUGAAGAGGCUGAGCAGGAUUUGGCCCUAGCUUUACAGGCACAACACCAUGUUUUGAAAUCUCAGGUUAGGAAUGUGCAAUGAUGUAGAUCGAAUGAGUGAUCGAAUCAGAGUUCAUGUCACAAAUAUUUGCUAAGAGCCCUGUUUAUUGACAGUUGAAUAUUAACAAGACUACAUACAGCCUUUUGUGUAAUGCAGGAAUUGCUUUUAGGUAGGUCUUCUUAGGCUACCAUUAUACAUAUUGAUAUUUAUUACUGAUUUUGGCAGUGCCCAAAGGUUGCUAAGCACUGUAAAACCAUAAAAAGGGACAUUAGUCCCUUCCCCGAACCACUUAAAGGGCAAAUUUUAGUGGCAAACACUGAAAUAAGAGCACUUAGAGUUUUGUUCCCUUUUGUGUGAACAAUAUUUUCCCUGUAUCAGUAUUGCUAUAACUUUUAAAUUUGUCUUCUAUUGCUUAUACAGUCCAUCAUGAUGGGUAGAAUUUGUACAAAAAAUUAUAAUUGUAUCAUUUUCAAAUAAAUGUGUGUCAGCACAGACUCCUGCUAAUAUUUGUUUUGUAAAACAAAUUUUAAGAGACUAAAUACCCAAGACUGAAACAAUCCCCUAACUAGAGAAUCAGUUUUACUACAUUCAAGGUCAGGUCAUAUUCCUUAGUGUGUGUGGUAACCUGAUUAAUAGCAUGUGACCCAGCUGCCACUUCAUGGAGUUCCACAAGCUUUAGUGGAGCUUUAGCAUUACAGGCGAGCCAGCUUAGUGUUCUUAAUUGGUUCCUGAAAAAACGAGUAUUAAGUGAAACGAAAGUGAAGUGAAAACGAAAGUAUCUGACAACCCAAGAUGGUAACCACAAUUACUUUUAAUGACCCAUGAUUGCGACCAUGAGCAUUAUAAUGAAACUUGCUGAGUGCUAAGUGAAAUAAGGUAUCAAUUUAAAAUGAGUAUUAUAGCAAAAUAGCGAAACAGCGUUAAGCAGGGGGUUAAAAUUUUUCCUUGCCUCUGGAGUUCUAGGAUGCCUAGUACAAUAUCAACAGUACCUUGUAGAAUCAGAUUUACUUGAACACUAAGUUUGAUUGUCAUGGGGUCUGAUAGGAAGUGUCCAGAGCAGCAGUAUCUUCCAAAAAUAUUAAAGCCUUUUCCUCAAAUUUGUCUUUGAGAUUUGCACCUCCAGUAUUUAAUAUUUUAUAGUUCAGAAUAAUAUCCAGAUGGGCAUUUGAUUAUCUGUUGUUAUCUCAUAUCAGUCCCAAUCUGCAGCAUUAUCCCCUUCUUGUCGUAGCUUUCUAUGAAAACAGUUAUCUUCUUACAAUAUAGUUGAGGCAAGAACAUUUGUUAAAAUGUGAAUCUUUUCAAACGUACAAGUCAUUUUUCAUCUAUUAAGUUCCCAGGCUGUCAAAAUUAUUUCCUGUCAGUCAGUGUGGUGCACCAUGCUCAGGCAUUUAUUAACUGAGUGCAUCAUGUCAUGCCACCUUGUUUAAAUAGUGUGUUGGAGGAAAACAGCGAAAACAAUGCAUUCUUUGUGAAAGGUGAGGGGUGACUGUCCUUUGAUAUCUCCCAAGCUUGGAGUGUACAUAGUUUAGCACUUGCCAGUUCUGUUCUGUGUAGGAACAUGCAGGAAGUAAACCAGGCUCCUGACUGAGGAGAACACGCAGCUGUAGGAGAAGCUAAAGAGGAUUGGAAUUAAGGUUUGGUAUCGUUUGUGGGGAGGGGGUAGCUCUAUGAGAAUCACAGAUCCAUGAGCACCAUUCUCAUGAGUAGACAGAGGCAGUUAGCUGUAUUAGUCUGCCGUCUACCCUCUAGUGCCAUAGUACCAGAGCAUGUCAUAAUCUAUAGCCUUUUUCUCCUCGCAGCACACCUCUGGGGUAUAAAAAGGCUAUUCUCAUCUUUUCAAAUGCAGAUGUAAGGCAUUGAGAGACUACCUAUAGCCCCACAGGAAGACUGUGACAGUCCCAAGGCUUGGGCUAAUACCCUAACAAUUGGCCUUGGUCUUUCUUCUAGCUAUCCUACAGUAGCUGGAUGGAAGUACUUGGCUUUUGCUAGCUUGAUAGUCACCUCAGUUACCCAUAUGGAUUAUUUUAAUAUUCAUAGGAUGGUAAUACCCAGGGUCCCCAAGCAGAAUUGAUAUCCCACCAUAGUAGACAAGACACUGACUCAGGGCCAGACCCUCAUUUCAGAUGCAAUCUAUGGGCAUCAUUCCAAGAACAUAAAAAGGCUUUAGGCUGACUUUCCAGGACCCUCAUCCAAUGUAAUUUCUAUGCUAAUUGCUCCUCACAGAUGCAAUGUAAAGGUCAGGGCUGGGAAGUAGUGCAAGGGGAUGAUGCUCCUUUGAUCUUGGGGGCUCUAAAUUAUUCCAGAACUGACCAAUCCUAAAGCUGAAUUUGUAGGCUACCAAGUGACAUGGGAACUGAGCAGUACAUAACUACAUCAGUACUGAGGUUCAAGGAGAUGAUCUGUAGAAGUCUUCUGGGCUGAUCAGAGUGUUCCUCAGCCAUAGUCAUGGAUCUUUUCUGUUACUUUUACUGUGUCUUUGGUCAAAAGGGCAAGAAUUGUUUGGCUUUUAUUUUACUAUUAGAUUGAGGGUGACUAGAACUUGCCUGUAAACAGUGGGGCUAAAGUUAAAGCAUCUUUCCCAUGUAUAGAAACCUGGUGAAGAACUAUUAUAUGGUGUACAUGUUAAACUAAUAGCCAGAUGUCUAUGACACAUCUGGCUACAAAGUUGUCCAAUACUUAGCCCUCAAUCACUCAUGUGUAUAAAAUACAAGUUUCCCCCCAACGUAUUCUGAUGUCCCACCUUCUAAAUGAAGAACUAUGCUAAGAUUGCUUUGUUUGAUCCUGGUGUCUGUCUGCAAAUGAUUCCACAACACUUCCCACAGAGGGAGGCUUACCAAUGCCCUGAGUAGCAUUUUCUUCCAUUGUAAAGUAUCCCAUUAAGCACACCAACAGUCACCAGCAUUUAACCAGUUACUUUGGAGACAGUUUUGAAACACUUGAGGGAAAAUUUUGAUUAGCAAAGAACAGCUAAACACACAUCUCGAAUCAAAACUGACAGCUCUUCAAAGUAAACACAAACUAAAUAAAGGGACCAUGUUUAAACAUUUCUUUUGCAAGUCACCUUUAAGACAAACAGGUCAGUGGAGUUCUUUCUUACAUUGGGCUGCGCAGCUAGUGAAGAGUAAAUCUUGCAGCACUUACUCAGAUAGGUUGGAGACAGUGGUCAUUGAGCCAGGACAUAGUUAGAUAUUGUAGAUAGACUCUCUACCUCCAGCUGCUGCUAUGAAGUUCACAAGAGCUCUAUUUAAGAGUAUGGACAGAUACAUAUAUAGAUAAAGCACUUAAAAUCCCACUUCAAUUUGUAGUACUUCAUUAGAGCAGUCAUGUAACUGCCACUACACUGAAGUGCUGAAGACUCAUUCCUGUUUCAUUGAAGUCUUUUUUUAUAUGGUUCAGGCUGAUUUGUAGCACUGUGACACUGUGUAUCAUUUGUCUGCUCAAUUUUUAUAGUGCUUUAAAGUAGUUUAAUGUGCUGUAAAUGUUGCAUCUGUCCAUGCCCUAAAGCACUGUCUUACAGCUGAUCUUAUUCUUGCUUUAGGGACUAGGAUCCCUGGAAAUCCCUAAGCACCCAACAUUUAAAAUCAUGUUCAUAUGAUACCAGCAUGAUGAUUGCUGACUUGGUGUUUAUCUCACUUUGUGGGACUGUGAUAGUCAG